GUAAAGAGUUGGAUUAAUAACUCAUUCAUUCAUUUAGGCUGUCCUUAUAGUAACACACCUUUUGUAGUUGGUCCCUCAAUUUUCAAAAGAUUGUUCAAACACCUCGAUAUUUUUUGCUGGAGGACCAAUUUUUCGAGGUCACACUAUAGAGUUGUCCAAUAAGAGGUUUCAUUUUUAUUAAUUCUAGAAGCGGGUCGUUUUUUGUGAUAUGAAUAUAAUUUUGUCAUCAAUAAUAACUGAAAAAAUUACCAUAAAUGUGAUACACGCUCAAUAACGACUACGUUCUGUUGAAAUUUUCUAUUACAUUUUCGAAAUUUAGGGCAAAAUGCUAAUUCAACUUGUUUUAUCGAAUCAUAAUAUACCCAACAUCUCGGACACCAAUAAUCUUUUAGUAGUAUUAUGUUAAGUUUGAACUCACAGUUAUUGUUCCAGAUAACAAUGAAGAUAAUUCAAAAUUUAAAAUAACAUCUGGAAUUAUCGAUCAAAUUUCAUCGAAAUGACCUGGAACAAAGUCCUAAGUAUAUGAUUAUUUAAGAAUUAUAUUCGAAAAAGUCUUCAGUAUGGUUCCAAUCACAGCACAAUGAAGUCAAUCUUGUUGUCAAUUUUCUUCCUGGUGCUCAUCUGCUAUGUAAACAGCGCCAAGUUAGGUGUCACAGAGACAAAUAAUGAAGUCUGCGAAAAGAAUAACUUAACCUCAUGGGCCAAAUUUCGAUUUAAGAACACCAAAAGUUUCGGCCCGUACGCACUUUGUUUACUCAAACAUAAUGACAUCAUUUCUGAGGAUGGACAAAUCCAGAAAGAAGUCGUUAUGAGCAGGGUCGUCAAAGUUAUUGGCUUGGGGUCAAAAGAUGUUGAGGAAGUUGUAGAGUGUGCAAUUCAGAAGAAUGAUGCAGGAGAGACUGCCAUUUAUUUCUUUAAUUGUGCAGAAACAUUGUUGAACAAAAUCGAUUGUCUAGAAAAACUUCAUAUUAAGGACUUCAAUGUAAGAGAUAGGUUUCUCGUGGAUAGCAGAUGUUGGAUGCAUCUCCUUCCGGAAUUGCAAUCUGUAGUAUAACAUGUACGUCAGAAAUAUCCUUUCCUUACUAGAUAUUGAUAUUUGAGUGUUAAUUACUGAAUCAUAAUACAAAUACAUUUUAGCAGAAAUCGUGAGAUCAAUAAUAUAACAUAGGUAUAGUAUGAUGAUUCCUAAAUUGAAUAAAUAAGAUGAGAAAGAAUUGAAUCUUG